UCUCAGUCAAGAUACAAGAUAAAGUAAAACUCUGCUACAACAAAAUGUCUGGACGCGGUAAAGGAGGCAAAGUUAAGGGAAAGGCAAAGUCCCGUUCAUCUCGUGCUGGUCUCCAGUUCCCGGUAGGCCGUAUUCACCGUCUACUGCGGAAGGGAAACUAUGCCGAACGCGUCGGUGCUGGUGCUCCCGUCUAUUUAGCAGCCGUGAUGGAAUAUUUGGCUGCUGAAGUGUUGGAAUUGGCAGGAAAUGCUGCCCGUGACAACAAGAAGACCCGUAUUAUUCCACGUCAUCUGCAAUUGGCCAUCCGUAACGACGAGGAGUUGAACAAACUUCUUUCCGGUGUCACCAUUGCCCAGGGAGGUGUCCUGCCAAAUAUUCAAGCCGUUCUGUUGCCCAAGAAGACCGAGAAGAAGGCCUAAAUAAUUGUACUGUCGAACCAAAUGCACAAAAAAAACGUCCUUUUCAGGACGACCACAUUUGUCUACGAUGAGUUGAUAAUUUUAUCAAAAUUAUUUUUAGUAUAACUUAAUCUUAUUUUAUCGGGUUAGGAAUUUUACGUUAAACGUAAAAAAAACAUUGGUCUUAUUUCAAAUCCCCACUUAAUAUUUUUAGUUCUAAUGAGCACAUAUCGUCAGUUAAAUUCAAUACCGGCACAACUCAAAAUUCAUUGUUUCGAAAAAAACGCGUUUGAAAGUUUGCCUCAAAAUUUUCUUUUCUCAUUUUCGUGAAAAAUUCUAAUUUUAAGAUUUCCCAUAUUUAUUGAACUAGACCCAAAGUCUGUCAUGUGCAUGUAAUGAGCAAGUUAUAAGAAUUGUAACCUCAUUUUUCUGUCUUUUUUAGAGAUAUUUUAGAUUUGUGCAAUAAAGGCACAUCUACUUAUAUUUCUGGAAAUAUUGUGAAUUUUACAACGGGUCUUUGUGAGAUGAAACUUCAUAGUAUUUGGCAUCGUUGCCAUCAAUAGCUCAAAACUGCGAAAUUUCGAGUUGUGCCAGUUUUGAAUUCAACUGACGAUAUUAUGGGCAUGUAUCAGUUCGAACUUCAUUAUUUCUAACUUUAUGAGACUGACAUUUUCUUUAAUUUAAACAGCAGAACCGAUUUUAAAAUUUAACAACUGUUACAACAUUUCCCAAUGAAAUAUGACUGUUGGCAAACA